GUGGCUUUGAGAUCGGACCUUGGAACCACUUGGGCGUAACGUCGGACUUCGAGCAAAUCCGGCGGACUAUUGGCAUUGAGUUCAGACGCCUGCGGAACAUUCAUUGCAUGGAGCUGAUGAGAGAUGGAGAAGGAAUCCACGCAAGAUGGAAGCAGUAUGUCACAGAUGAAGACUGGAGCAGGUAUGUGCUCCUGGCUCCAAUUGAAAACUUGGACACGAUUGCUUCUCUACAUCCACCAAACAUCGAGCACGAGUUUGGCGGGAAGGAGAGCACGGACCACAUGAACUUCAUCAAGCAUUUGGGCCGCACUCUCCAAGCGCAGGGUUCCUACGAAAUGCACGAAUCAGGACUCGAGUGGCUGGAGUCCAUCGCUACGAAUCGAUGGGGUUACACAGGCGUUGACUUCAAAGAGAUGCUCAGAUUUGGCUUGAACUCACCUGGCAGUGAUGUGGUGCAGCCUUUGGGAAUUCCAGAUGAUGUUCUCAUCUCAGUUGCUCCUGGGGCUGAUAUCCAAGCUCAGCCGGUCGACUCCUUGAUUACUGUUGAUGGCUGUCCGCCGGAGGAGCAUUGUAGAG